AUGAAUGCAGUUGACUACUUAAUUAGUUUAUUAAAGACACCAUUUUUUAGAAAAAAAACGUGUUUUAACUAUUUUUUCGCUUAUUUUUCUUGUUCAGAAUCAUCUGAUCUCAAUGAGUACAUUUCUAAUUGGCUUGAAUCAAGUCAAACAGACGAUGAUGAUGAUGAUCAUGACGAUCAUGACGAUGUUAAUUCUAUGAAUCAUGAAGAUGCUGAACAUCAUCAACUGAUUGAUCAUAGCAACAAACCAGUAGAUAGUUUUGAUGAUAACAUUCACAACAAUAUUCAAUUAUCCUCCACUACUUGCAUUCAACAUACACAAGAAUCAAUUCAUUUAAAAUCUUUCGUCACCCACAAUAACAAUAAUACUAAUAGUUCAUCCAUUAAAACAAAAUCAAUCAAUAACAGUUUCACUACAAUUAGUUCAACUAGUUUAGAAUAUCUUUGUCAUUUAGCCAGUUCCAUUGAAGAAUUCGAUACAUGGGUACCAACUUCGGAACAAUUAAAUCAAUUAUUUAAUAAUAUAGAAUAUUCCAAAGAAAUUCAUUCCACAUUGAAUGUAACAAAUAUUGAACCAAUUGAACAAUUGAACACUCAUCAUAAUGACGAUGAUGAUGAUGAUGAAGGUUGGACUUGUAGUUCUAUUGAUUCGUCUAAACAUAGAACAAUUGAUAACAAUGUUACAAACACUACUUUAACUAGUCAACAUCCAUCAAUUAUUCAUUCAUCACAUAUCAUUGAUUUAGACAAUGAGAAUGAGAAUACUUUACUAUACAAUGCAACACAAUGCGCUUUAUCAUUUGUAUGCAGUCAACAAUCGUUGGGAGUAGAUCAAUCCAUAGUUGACAAUUUAUUGGCAAUAAAAAAUGAACAAGUUGACCAUGAUAAUGAUGAUAAAUGUAUGUCACAACUUGUUGGCAAUGAUUUACAUACUGCUGCUGCUGCUGAUGAUGAUGAUGCCGUAUCCCGUACUAGAAGACAUCAUGCUUCUUCGAAUGAUAUGUUUAUUUCAAUGGAAGACUUGGAGCCAGUUCGUGAAAUCGAUGAUGAAGUUGACGACGAUGAUGAAGAAUCAUGUGAUGAUCUGUUGUUUGAUUUGCAUUCAACUCCUUUGCCAAAUGCAAUCAUAAAUGAAUCCGUUUGUAAUGUACGCAAUGAUGAAUGUACAUUGUCGGAUUCACUGACAAUUCUGUCACCAUUACAUCAAUCUAUGGAAGAUUUAUUGUCAAAAGAUAUUGUAAAAUCAUGUCAAAUGGAUAGUAUUUCAGAUAUAUUUUUUGAUUCUUGGAGUUCCGGAAGUGAUACUACAUCCAAAUCUGAUCCUAACAUACCUCAAGUAGACGGUAAUAUGGAUACCAGUCAUACGGACAGUGAUAACGAUCAUCGACGCAGUAAACCAAGUAGUUGUUCUUUGAACACUACAGUACACAGAGUAGUUGGUAAAUUAAAACAUCCGAAAAAACGUCGACGACUUAGUUUACGUCUACCUAGAAGACAAGAUUCACCUACACAAACUAUGUGUACAACAACGUCAACUAUCUCACCACAUUGUUCAUUAAAUGACGAUUUUAAUAAGGAUAAUAGUAGUAAUAAUACUGACUCCAUUUAUCUUUCAUUGAACAAAUCAACUCCAAUUGUUAAAAGAAAAUCAUCUGUUACACAAGAGAAUGUCUUAUGCAGUCGUCAUAAUAACACAACAAGUUCUAAUUCUUCAACUGUCAUAAAUAAUUCAGUACUCAUUAAUACGAACCUGCCAAAUCCUGUUGUUCUACUUGAACGUCUACCAUCCAGCGUUGACACAACUCAAACAUCAUCUUGUCCGAAUGAAUCAGGUCGGUUAACUCCACCGGAAGAAUUUCUUGAUCUUCAAAAUACUCUUGUGACCGAUUGCGGUGAGAUUGAAACAUCAAGCAAGUUGAAUGAUGAUUCAUCAUCCAUGAUUGUUUUGUCCGAGCAACAAGAACAACCACCACUGUUCUCUUCUUUUCAUUAUGACGAGUUUUCAGAUCUUACUUGUUCACCUUGUAGUUGUUCCGCUGUGUGUACAGAUAAAUUAAGUCUUUAUUCACAAACACAAAUAUCAUCGCCACUGACUGAUGUGAAUCGAUUGUCUGUUAUUCCACCAGAAGAACAAGAAGAAAGUCCUCAGCAAUCAUCUUCAACAUUAUUUACUUGUAUUCCAUUUUGGCGUCCAACUUGUACACCGCCUAAAUUAAAUGAUGUUAAUAAUUGGUUGAAACAGUCGAAUUGUAAUAAAAAGCAUUCAACUAUUGUGAAAACAAACGAUCCAUGUACAGAUUUACAAUCAAAAUUAAAUCAUGAAAAUGAUAAAGUGAUUCAGCUGACUACAGAAUUAUUUCCACAGCAAUGUACAUCUGGUCAUUUGAUUGCAUCCACUAUGAAUGAUGAACAAAAUAGUAAUAAUAAUAAUAAUAAUAAUAAUAAUAAUCGUGCCAAUGUUGACGACAAUCAAACUCUUCUUCUUCUUCCACAACAUGCAUCAACUAACAACGACCUAUCGUUUGAUACAACACGACAAUCAAUGAAUAGUUCUGUUAGUGUCUUAUAUCAAGCUGCCAAUGAACGAUGUUUUUCAUCAGUUCAGAUUGAUCAUACAACUAUAGCAAGUUUAGAAUUACAUUGUUCUAGUCGUUUAACUAAAUCCCAUACAUUAUCAAAUUUAAAUGAAUCCAAUAUAAAAUUGAAAUCAAUUAAAACAAAUUCAUUGCUUAAAUGUGGUCUAAUGCCUGAUCCAUUAUACGAUUCCAUUCAAAUUGCUUGCCUUACUGUUCAACGUCCAAUCCAAUCAUCUAUUGACGAUCAUGAUAACGGUGAUGACGCUGAUCAUACUCUUCAUCAUCAUCAUCAUCAAAUUGAUUUAUUUGUUUUAAUUCAUUCAGAAUUAUCUAAUACAAAACAAUGUAUGAAUAAAUUUUUACAUGGCUUGUCGAAUUAUCGUUAUAAAAUACAUAAAUCACGACAAAUUAUGCCACGUAUUAUUUGGUGUUCAACUGAAUGGAAUUUAAUAUCUUGGAUUGUUUAUUUCAUUCAAACAUUUGAUCCUGAAAUAUUGAUUGGUUAUGAUAUUGAACGUUUUUCAUGGGGUUAUCUUGUUGAACGUGCCAAUCAACUUGGACGACGUACUAUUACUCGUGAAUUGUCACGGUUAGCAUCAGACAUCAUAAACUGCCCUCAUUGUCAUCAGUGCAUUGAUGCAUGUAUUAGAAUAGUUCAAACACCACCACCACCAAUAACAACAUCGUCAACUACUUCUACUACUAACAACUGCAAUAUCAGUAGUAACAUGAUCAAUGCGAAAAAUAAUCUCUGGCAUUUUAAUACACAAGAAUUUAUGAAUAAUCUUGAUCAAUUAUUAUUAUUAGUAUGUCAUUGUCCAUGCAAUCCAUUGUAUAAUUCUACAAUGACAACAACAGUAACAAAUAAACAAUCUAACAACCCGACUAUUAAUUAUCGUCGUGUAUGGCCAUGUGAUUCAUCUGCUGGUCGUACUGGUGGUCCAUUCGCUUGUCCUGGUCGUGUUGUCUUGUGUUUUUGGCGAAUUUUAAUGCAUGAAAUCAGUUUAUAUGAAUACAGUGUAGAAACGGUGGUGUAUCAUUUACUCAAAGAAUUUAUGCCUCGUUAUACAUUUGCACAAUUAAACGAAUGGUACGCGAAUGUCAAUGGUACUAAUAAUCGUUGGCGUACAAUCGACUAUUGGAUACAUCGUUCUAUGGUGAAUUUAAAAUUGCUGAAUACAUUAGAUUUAAUUGGUCGAACAAGUGAAUUUGCUCGUAUAUUUGGUAUUGAAUUUUAUCAUGUUCUAUCACGUGGUUCUCAGUAUCGUGUUGAAUCGCUUCUUUGUCGUAUUGCAAAACAAUCAAAUUUUCUUCUACCUAGUCCAAGUGUUACACAACGUGCUCACCAACGUGCUCCAGAAGGAAUUCCAUUGAAUUUAGAACCAGAAAGUACCAUAUUCAUUGAUGGCCCUGUAGCUGUUCUGGAUUUUCAAUCAUUAUAUCCUUCAGUUAUUAUUGCUUAUAAUUAUUGUUAUUCUACAUUGUUAGGACGUCUUUCAUGUCUUCUUGAAUCAGGUGAAGAUGCUGUAUUCAAUCUUGGCUGUUUAUCUCAUUCACUUCCAUCUGGUCUAAUCAAUAUUUAUUAUCCUUGUCUAUUAGAAGCAAAAAAACGUUAUGUUGGUUAUGCUUAUGAAACUGUUGAACAAACGGAACCAAUAUUUGAUGCAAAAGGCAUUGAAACUGUACGACGUGAUAGUUGUCCAUUUGUAGGACAAAUACUUGAAGAUUGUUUUAAAUUGUUAUUUAAUCAUUUCACAAUGCCAAACACCGUGAACAUGAAUAAUACAGAAAUAAAUUUACACAAAGAUGAAGACAAUCAAUCAUAUUAUAAAAAUUUGAAUACACAAUUGAAAUUAGCUGAAAAUCAUUUAAAAUUAAAAAUUCAACAAUUUGCUUAUCGUUUAAUACAUGGGAAAAUACCAUUGAAUCAAUGUAUCAUUACUAGACCAUUUUGGGGUAUGUCCUCUUAUAAACCAGGUACAUAUGCACCAGCACUGCAAGUGGCUAAACGUCUUCUUUCAAUGGAUCCACGCGGUGAACCAUUACGUGGUGAACGUGUUGUAUACUACAUUGCAGCUGGACGAUCUGAUCAAACUUUAUUAUCAUGUGUACGUAGUAUCAAUGAGAUUUAUCCAUCUUUAUGGAUGACUACGACGACGGACAAGUCGACUAAUUCUUCAUCAACAUCAUCAUCAUCACGUCGUCUGUUAGGACCACGUUUAAAUUAUGCUUAUUAUUUAGAUAAACAAUUUAUCCCACCAAUUGAACGUAUGACACAAGUGAUUGGUUGGCCAGUUCGUAGUUGGUUAUCCGAACUACCUCGUUAUUUCACUUCAAAAUAUCAUCGAUAUAUAUUAACUUCUAGACCAACUACUGGUCAGCUACAUUCAACCCGAUCACGUCAACAUCCAUUCACAGCGAAUCGAAAUUCACCAGCGUUUUCGCCAUCAUCCUUUAUUCUAUCACCACAAUCAUUAUCGUCAUCCUCACAGAUGAAUUGUCGUUCACGUUCACGUACACGUUCUUCAUCAUCAUUAAUGCGUGCAUUCAUUGGUCAACCACCGCGUAUUUGUCCAAAUUGUUUAACUAUAGUACCAAAUAUAAGUUCUACCAAUGAAUUAGGUCAUUGUAGAACUUGUUUACAUGGCAAUGCUAGAUUGAUGAAUAUUGAAAUGGUGAAAUUCGGUUGUCAAGUAGAUUAAUCAUGUCCAGUCUUGUUUAAAUCGAUUAGAAACAAUUUGUGCCUAUUGUAUACAACAUCGUAGUCAAAUAUGUGAUCCAACAUGGUUAUGUAAUAAUUUCCUAUGUCCAAUCAAUAGUCAACGUUUACUUGUCGCAGCUGAUCUAGCUUCAUUUUGGACACAAUAUAAUGCUUGUUUGAAACAAUUGGAUACUAUGGAUACUUGGUGAAAAUUCAUUGUUCAAUGUGUUGUGUUGUGUUGUGUAGAUUGAGAUCAAAUGGUGUGAUUGGCUUAUUUUUCUAUGUGUCUGUUCUUGUGUGUUUGUAUGUCUUCUUCUUUCAAGGACACCAACACAUGAUGAUGAUUGGUUCAGUUUUGGUCUACUUUUUUUUCUUCUUCUAAAAUGAUUUUUUUUAAUGAUUAUUGAGUAAUUGAUUUAUUUAUUGACUU